AUCAAACACGAGAACGGGCUCCUUACACUUGCCAUUUUUCCGAGACUUCAGGCCGUAGUGGCUGCCGGGAAUCCGCUGUUUCGAUGCUUUGUCGGAAUGCCGCCACGACUGCAACGAUUGCUCGUUGACCGAUUUGGAAUCAAGAUCACUCGGACCGCAGUCGUGGGUCAAGCUGGAAAAGAGGCCGAUAAUGAGAGCCCACCUUUGGCUUCAAAACAUAGAAAACUGGUUGAAAAGCGUGUACCAAUGAGCCGGACGUGUAAAGCUAAUUUCCAUAAUGAGUCGUCAGUUGGAAGGUCAGUUUAG